UUCUUCUUCUUCUUCUUCUUCUUCUCCUACUGAAUCUUCUCAAGCAAGUUUCUUCGAUCUUCCUCAUUUUGGAAUCGAGAGAUUAUGUAUAGGAGAUGGAACCUAGUUACAGACUCGUUUCGUCGCAUUCAUCUCGGUGAUAUAAGAACCCUAAUUUCGGGUUCUCUAUGCAAUCGCAAAGUUUGCACAGCCUCAAAGGAUCUUUUGUCAUCACCGAAUCAUGCUGUUGUGGAUGAGAGUUAUGUUCUAGCUGAAUUAUCUUCACUGCUUCCGAUUUCAUCAAAAACCUCGACGGCGAAGGACGACGUUAGUUCGAGGAAUCAAUUAGCCGUUGAUUCGUUUUUGUCGCCGGAGGAAAAACUCAGAGGCGUGUUUCUUCAGAAACUAAAGGGAGAAACUGCUACACGAAAGGCUUUAACUAGUCUCGGUAUCGAUUUGAGUAUCGAAACUGUGUCAAAUGUUGUCGAUCGAGGGAAUUUAAGCGGCGAAGCAAUGGUUACGUUCUUCGAUUGGGCGAUUCGCGAGCCGGGCGUGUCUAAAGACGUUGAAAGCUACUAUGUGAUAUUAAGAGCGCUAGGAAGAAGAAAGUUCUUCUCUUUCAUGACGGAUGUGUUACGGGAAAUGGUUAACCCUGAUCUGAAGUGCUUGAUUAUCGCCAUGGAUAGCUUUGCCAAAGCUCGUUAUGUGCGUAGAGCGAUACAAUUGUUCGAAGAAAGCGAAGAUUUUGGAGUGAAAUGUUGUACUGAGUCAUUCAACGCACUGUUGCAGUGUCUCUGCGAGCGUUCGCAUGUUUCUGCUGCAAGCUCGGUGUUUAAUGCGAAGAAAGGGAAGAUACCUUUUGAUGUAUGUACUUACAACAUUAUGAUCAGUGGGUGGUCGAAGCUCGGUGAAGUUGGAGAAAUGGAGAAGGUGUUGAAGGAGAUGGUCGAGAGUGGAUUCGUCCCAAACGGUUUGUCUUUCAGUUACCUUAUCGAAGGUUUGGGAAGAGCUGGUCGUGUUAAUGACUCUGUUAAGAUCUUUGAUAACAUGGAUGUUCCCGACGCAAAUGUUUACAACGCUAUGAUCUGUAAUUUCAUAUUUGCUCGAGAUUUCGAUGAAUCCGUAAGGUAUUACCGGAGAAUGCUUGAUAAAGGAUGCGAACCAAACUGGGAGACCUAUUCCAAGCUUGUUUCUGGUUUAAUCAAAGGCCGUAAAAUUGCAGACGCGCUUGAGAUAUACGAAGAGAUGUUAUCAAGAGGGAUUGUUCCCACCACAGGGCUUGUUACCUCUUUUCUCAAGCCGCUUUGCUGCUACGGCCCACCACACGCUGCGAUGGUUAUAUAUCAGAAAGCGAGAAAAGCCGGGUGUAGGAUAUCGCAGAGCGCGUAUAAGCUGUUGCUUAAACGGCUAUCAGGGUUUGGAAAAUGUGGGAUGUUGUUGAACGUGUGGGACGAAAUGCAAGAGUGUGAAUAUUCUUCGGAUGUGGAAGUCUACGAGUAUAUCGUUGAUGGGCUCUGUAACAUUGGACAUCUUGAGAAUGCUGUGCUUGUGAUGGAAGAAGCGAUGCGGAAAGGGUUUUGCCCGAACCGGUUUGUUUAUAGUAGGCUUAGCAAUAAACUCAUGUCUUCAAGAAAAACAGAAAUGGCUUAUAAGCUGUUUCUUAAGAUCAAAGAGGCUCGUCUUAAAGACAAUGCUCGUAGAUUCUGGCGAAGAAAUGGGUGGCAUUUUUGAACAUUGAUCUUAAUAUGUGAAAACUUCGCUU